AUGGGGACUUCUCCCACAGCCGCCUCCACCCGGGGCCAGUCGAAGUCCCCCAAACAACCAAACAAAACGCCCCCACGCCAAGAUCCGGCCCCCGACGCAGAGACCGAUUCCGCCGGCAAGCUCGAGGGCUCAUCCAAUGCCGAAGCUGCCAAACCGCUUGCGCCGCCGCCUCGACCGGGUCAACCACAGCAGCAGCAGCAACAAGGCAACAACACGCCCGACUUCUUCGCGCCCCAGGCCGGCGGAUCGCUCAGCCUGGAGCCCAACCCCUUCGAGCAGUCCUUCGGGGGCGGAGGUCCGGAAACCCCAGGCGGCACAAAGCUCCCGUCUGUUGCCGCGCUGACCUCGCCGUCCUCGCUACUGCCGGGCACCAACGCGACUCCCUUCAACUGGGGUGGAGGCUCGCUGCGCACCGGUCCUCUCAGUCCUGCCAUGUUGUCAGGGCCCGCGAAUGACUACUUUACCGACACCCAUCAUCUCCGUGGCGGCUUCCCCACGCCCAACGAAUCGUCCCUUAGGUCGGGACUCACGCCCGGCGGCAGUGGGUCCAUGUUCCCGGCCCCGAGCCCCAACUCACAAGCUCUCUUUGCUCAGCUCGCCAGCGGCGGUGCGACCCCGAGCACCAUCGACUUCCACCGCACAGCCCUCAGCGCCGCCGCCAAGCGCGAACACGCCAACGCCGCCCAGCAGCAACAGCAGCAACAGCAACAACAGCAACAGCAGCAGCAGCAACAGCAGCAGCAAGCCGCCAUCUCACAGCCGCAGGACAUGCCCAACGGAGCGCCAGCAGUCAAGCCUGAGUCGAAACCAGCUCAUGGGCCCUUUGAUCCUCACGACAACGAUGCUGCUAACGGCCUGUUCAUGCUCGCACAAGGCGCCCAAGGCCGCAACGGAAACCAAAGCUCGAGUCAAUUCCCAGCCACGUCUGCCUCGGCCCAUGCGCAUCCUGCACCCGCAUCACCUCGGCAUCCCGAAACCUCGCCGCGAACCUCGAAUGCCCACGCGGCGUCGAUCGAUUCCGGACGGGGUGUCAGUGAGGGCAGUCGCAUGUCGGACGACGGCGAGCAGGCAAAGCCGAACCCAAGGGGCAAGGCCAAAAAGAACAUGUCAUCUACCAACGGCCGGAGGAAAGCGGAAGAUGCGCCCGGCAAGGCUCCUCCGCAUAAGAGGGCCAAGAGCAUCGGUGGGGUUACCAAUGGUAGUACCGACAUUUCCGAUGACGAGAUGAAUGGAAUGCAAGACGAAGGCGGCUCCAAGUCCAAGAUGACAGAGGAUGAGAAGCGCAAGAACUUUCUCGAGAGGAAUCGCGUUGCUGCACUCAAGUGUCGCCAGAGAAAGAAGCAGUGGCUGGCCAAUCUGCAAAGCAAGGUGGAAAUGUUCAGCAGCGAGAAUGACGCGUUGACGGCACAAAUCACGCAGCUGCGCGAGGAAGUGGUCAACCUCAAGACGCUUCUGCUCGCCCACAAGGACUGUCCCGUCACCCAACAACAGGGGCUCCACGGUGCCUUCAUGUCGCAGGUCGUCGAGCCUUUUAACGCCCAAAUGAACCCUUACGGUAUGGCUGGUCCGAUGCCUAACCAGCCGGUCAUGGCUGGUCAAGGCGUUCAACGUCGGUUCUCCUAG